GGGGCAGGGAAAGGAGACCUCGGGCGCCAGGCACCUAGCGGCUUCUCCCUUCCAGGCGUCCCGGGCUGCCCUCACUACCAGUCCCCGCCGUCUCAUUUGCCGCCUUCCGACGCGUGACCCCGGCGCGCUCGCGUCCCGGGCCGGUGACAGGCGCGGGGUGCGCCGAUCGGUCCCAUGUGCGCCCUCCCUCUCGCGGCCGCUGCAGUCACCGCGCCCCGAACCCAGCUCCGGCUCCUCGGCAGAGGCCUCGCCGCCGCCAUGUCUACCGCCAGGCCACUCAAAUCCGUGGACUACGAAGUGUUCGGGAGAGUGCAGGGUGUUUGCUUCAGGAUGUACACCGAAGAUGAGGCAAGGAAAAUAGGUGUGGUUGGCUGGGUGAAGAAUACCAGCAAAGGCACUGUGACAGGCCAAGUGCAAGGCCCCGAAGAGAAAGUCAAUUCCAUGAAGUCCUGGCUGAGCAAUGUUGGAAGUCCUAGUUCUCGCAUUGAUCGCACGAACUUUUCCAAUGAAAAAACCAUCUCUAAACUUGAAUACUCUAAUUUUAAUAUUCGAUACUAAUAGGAAAGAAAUUAAAAUUGUAAUGCUCAUACUGCAUAAAA